AUGGCUAAUCCCCCGAACAAAAUGCCCUUCAUCGGCAAUUUGCCAAACGAUGUUGCCAAGGCAUCAAACAAGAAAAAUUUGAGAUGCCAGGCAUUUGUGCGCUUUGAGCAAAUCCAGCACGCAAUUACUUCGAAAAUCCAAUUACAAAGCUUUCCGGUUUACGGCAAACCAACGCGAAUUGGAUUCGCAAGGAAAGAUAGUUUGAGAAACGAUGGUAAGAAGAGCAAGAAGAAGAAAACCAAUUCUACAGAAAAACCGGCCGAAACGGUCGUUUCGAUACCGCGAACGGAACCGCAAGCUAACAAAACUUUGUAUGUUAGACGCCUUCCGAAACUCAUGCUACCAUCCGAAUUGUCCGCAAUGUUCACUCAUUUGCCUGGAUUUAAGGAGAUUCGUCGUGUGCCCAAUCGAUCAGACAUGGUGUUCGUCGAAUUUCAAAGUGUGGAGGACAGCACACAUGCAAAACAGCACUUGCUGAAGGUGAAAUUGCCGGGAGCGCCACGAGAUAUUCAAGUCGAAUAUGCUCGAAAAUAA